AUGGUGCCCGUGAUCCUGGCUGCCCUCGUGUUGGGGGCACUAGCCCUGCCGCCACAACCUUCUCGCUUGCAAGUUUCACCAAGUAGUAGGAGUUACAACGGUGGUAGCUACAUCGUCUCUUCCAACGAUAUCGUGGAUGGAUCAGCUUCAUCCUACUCAGGCAACAGUUACAACACCGACUACUCCAGCAGUUACACCAGUAACUACGGUACCGACAACAGCGACUACUCCAGCAGGUACACCAGUAGCUAUGGCAACGACAACAGUGACAUCAUCACAGGUCAGCCCUACAGUUAUUCCCAGGACAGGUAUCAUCCCACUACCUACGAGGAGGACUCACACAAGGGAGAGAUAGUGUUACCUUCGCUGAACUCUGACAGCAGACCCUCAGCGACACAGGACACCGUGGUUAGUGCUAGUGAUCUUCAGGACAGUUAUCUACAGUCCACUGAUAGUUUCGGGCCUGAACAAGUCGCUCAGGGUAGUGACUCGUUUGGAACUCAGCUGGACUCGUUUUCCUCUGCUUCUGAUCAAAUCCCUAAACCCUCCAACCAAUAUCUCCCGGCACCCACGCCUCCUCCACCUCCUCCUGAGCCAGAACCAGAGGAGCAGAAGACAGUCCAAGAGUACACCUACUAUUACCUGGGUCCAAAACUGUGGAUUUUCCCCAUUUUCUUCCUUAUCUACAUUACCAUCUACAUCGGAGUUUUGAUACUGCGGGCGGUCUACAAGCACAAGAUCCUGUUUCCAGAGCAACUUUACAACGCCUCCACCACGGUUCUCGCCAGAAAGGCAGCUGAUGACUUGGACCAUUUGACCGCAUACGUCACCAAGCAGUUGGCGGCGGCAGCGCUCAAGUAUCUAAGACGUCGUGCUGUUGCCGCUCUUGCCGGCGACAAGACAGUGAUGUUUCCAGUGUUGCUGGCCGCUUUCGUGCUCUCAUCUGGAGCAACUGGACUCUCCAGCACAGAAGAGGCGCUAAAAGGAAGAAGCUACAGCAACGACGGUUACAGAGCAAACAACUUUGCAGUCCCUUCACCACCACCAGUGCCAGGUACUCGGUCACUCUACAGUAACCCAUAUUUAACCAAUGGAUACAACGGGGGAGACACGAGUUUCCAAAACAGAGACAGCAACUCUUACAGAGACUCCAGCAUGUACGACAGAAAUUCCAACCCUUACGUCAGCGACUACCGUACAACGAAUAAUGAGGGGUACUUUCAACCCCAGUCCAAAAAUACCUACAGCUUUGCUCAGGAUAGAUUUCACCCCACCACAUUCGACGUUGACUCGCACAAAGGGGAGAUAAUCCUUCCGCCACUGGACACUGACAACGUGGUCCAGGAUACCGUAGGUAGUUCUAGUGACGUGCAGAGCUUCUUCCUUCGGCCCAGCAACAACUUCUUGACUCAACCAGUUGGCCAGGGCAGCGACGUUUCCACCGUACAGGACCCAUCGCCUUCAUCAUCAGUGCAAGAACAACAGUUCGCGUACCAAAUUCCCUUACCUAACUACGACUACCAGCCACCUCCGCCAGCGCAAACACCUUACUACUACUACCAACCCCCAUCCCCUCCCUCCAACCUGUACCUGCCAGAACCUUCCCCUCCACCUCCACCACCACCACCUCCAGAAGAUGAGAGAGAAGUCAACUACACCUACUACUACCUCGGGCCUAAGUUGUGGUACAUCCCUCUGCUCUUCAGUGUCUACUAUGUUAUCUACGUCGGAGCUCUGAUUGUCAAGUCUAUCGCCCGACACAAACUCCUGUUCCCCAUCAAUAUAAACAAUGCCGCCAGCUCUCUGGCUGGGCGACGUGGGAGGGACCUGGAGGAGAUUACGGCAAGAGUCACAAGAGCUUUGGCGACGGCAGCGCUCAAGUACCUUCGACAAACGAACAUUUCAAAAGUUGCCGAAAAGACAAAACAUAAUACAUAGACAUUCUAAAAAGGGACAAUCAGGUCAUCUAAUAAUAACGCUUUUUUACAAUAAUUCUUGUAAGUGUAAUUUCAUUAUUGUUCAAUUAAUACUAACACGUAUCACACUCAAACAGUUCAACGGUAAUCGUAAACACUGUCAUAGUUUCGAUUUCAAAUAGGUCAUAAUCUGGAAUCGAGAAGUACUAAAACGAGGAUAAUCCACAUUUUUUUUUUUUUUAAUUCACAAAAACAGAACA